GAAACGAAAGUGAAAUCAGCUGAUAGUGACAUCAGUCAGAACAAAUGUACCAAAGUUCAGAGAGCUGUUUACUAGGCACAACUGUGAAUGCGAGAGGGCACCAGCUCAAGGCUGCAUCCUCCUGCCAUUUCCCUUCCACUCCUCCUUUCUGGAGUCUGACAUUAGAAAGCCAGCGAGAAGGAAGAUUCAAAUAACCAACCCUAAUUUCCUGCUUCUCCUUUUCAUUGUUCCUGUCGGCUCUUCACCUGCUUUCUGUCCCCCCGCAGAGGGCAGGAGAGAUGGCCAGGCCAAGGCCUCAGUGGGGCAACCAGCUGCUGUUCGUGAGCAUCAUUGUCCUCACAGUUGUGGUCAUCUGCCUGAUGUUCUACGCUCUCUUCUGGAAGUCUGGGAACCUCACUGACCUGCCCAACCUGAGAAUAGGCUUCUACAACUUCUGCCUGUGGAAUGAGGAUGCCGGCACCCUACAGUGUCACCAGUUCCCUGAGCUGGAGGCCCUGGGGGUGCCUCCGGUUGGCCUGGCCCUGGCCAGGCUUGGUGUGUAUGGGGCCCUGGUCCUCACCCUCUUUUCCUUCCAGGCUCUCCUCCUAGCCUGGUGCAAUGGUAAUGACAGAUUGUGGCAGCUAGCGGUGGGCUUCCUGGCUGUGUCCUCCGUGCUGCUGGCCGGCGGCCUGGGCCUCUUCCUCUCCUAUGUGUGGAAGUGGGUCAGGCUCUCCCUCCCGGGGCCUGGGUUUCUAGCUCUGGGCAGCGCCCAGGCCUUACUCAUCCUCUUGCUUAUGGCCAUAGUUACGUUCCCUCUAAGGGCUUAGAGGGCUUACAGCGAGCUUGAGAGCUGCUAAAGGCUUAUGUGAUUGCAAGGGUUCAGUUCCAACCAUGGUCAGAGGUGGCACAUCUGCUCAGCCAUCUCAUUUUAUAGCUAACACUGAUCUCCAGCUCCAGCAGAUGGAACCUACUGCAGAGGAGGUGGGGCCCCCGUGUCAAAGAGGCCAAGGGGCAGCAAGGGCAGCCAGGGCACCUGCGGCUUCUUAGUAUAGGAUUGUCUGUCCUUCACGACUUCCAAGGCUCCCAAGGACUCCCUAAAACCACGCAGCUCAUUGUCAUACCAAUUCCUGCUUUAAUUAAUGGGUCUGAGCAAAUCUUCCUCUAGCUUCAGGAGGGUGGAGAGGGAGUGAUUCCUGUCAUGAGGUCAGACUUCCAGGCUGAUUCACCAAAUGCCAAACUGAAACCUAGCAAAGACUUAUGGAAACAAAUGAGGAUAUUAAAAGACCAAGCACCUCAGUGCCUCUGGGGGCCUGGUUAAGGAGCUUCCGCUCAGCCCACGAUGGUGAGUGGGCCGCCAUAAGCCGUCACUGGGAUUCCAACCCCAGAGGUCCAGGAGUGAUCUCUGAGUGACUCAACAAAGACAGGACACAUGGAGCGCAAAGACAAGCCUUGGUUGUUUCAAAGCUUCCCUGGACUUGAAGCCAGUCAGGGCAGAGGCAUCCGCUAGCAAAUCACUCCCAUGAUGAGACCCUGGAGGACACCAAAUCCUCGGUGUGAUCGGGACUGGACAGUUGCACACAUACAAACGCUGCCACCCUCCACUUCUCAACCCGGAACUGGGAAAGACAUUAGCACAACUUAAGCACUGGGGAAUUGUGUGUAUUUUCCAGCACCUGUGUAUUGGAAAAUCUGUAUGGCAAAUGAUUUACUCAUCUAUUCCUGACCAAAACCACAUUGAAAACAAAGGCAGAAACAUGUA